UUCCAAUUUCAAUUAGCCUACCAUUAGAGAUCAGAAGAAUGGGUACUUUAAUUGGGCAUGUGAUUCCAGGUAUUGGGUUCUUUAUCAUUGGUCUAUGGCACCUAAUAAACAACAUUAAGCUCCAUUCCCUAAACCCUAAAUCAUACAUUUCCUUACCAUUUUUCCCAACCUCAAAAUCAAAGUACUUAGAGCUCUACUUCAUGAUGGGAUGUAGCUCAUUCUACAUACUCUUGGAGCUCGUCUUCGGUCAAAUUGGUCACCAUCUUUUUGACUCAGACGGUGCUAUUCGUUCAAACCACCUCCGCAACUUUGAACACGCUUUCAUCACCUUAUGGAUGCUUGUUUACUCGGUGUUCGCAAAGAUAUUGGACAAACACGGCCGACCCAAAUCCAAAUACGGCUUGACAAUGACACUAGCCGUCGUUAUGUUUUGUCAAGAAUUUCUCCUUUACCACCUUCACUCAACUGACCACAUGGGACUCGAGGGUCAUUAUCAUUGGUUUCUUCAAAUUGUUAUUUUUGUCUCAAUUGUUACAACUAUUUUAAGCAUUGGAUACCGCAAUAGCUUCUUGAUUAGCUUUGUAAGAUCUUUUAGUAUUCUUUUUCAAGGUGUUUGGGACAUUGUGAUGGGGAUUAUGCUUUGGACUCCAUCUGUUAUUCCAAAAGAUUGCUUCAUGAUCAAGGAAGAAUACUUUAGGGUUAGGUGCCAUACAAAGGAAGCGCUCGACAGGGCUAAAGCGCUGACUACACUAGAAUUCAGUUGGUACCUAGUCGUCUUUGUUGUCCUUACUAUGUUUUUGUACAUGUAUAUGACCAAACUAUACCCUGAAAAGGCCGGUUUUGAACCAUUUGUUAAGUAUGACCGAGAACACGAGAAAAUUGAAGACAAUGUAGACACCAAGAAGAAAAGCGUUAAAUCGGAUCUCCUAGACACCCUCAUCGAAGCAUGAAAUGAAUGGGCUAUUGAUUUAUAUUGCAUAAUUUGUAUUAAUUGACAUGCAUAUAUUUGCAGGCAUGCAUACGCGCGUCUACGCCAUGUAUUAAUGAAAUCUGAUUGUACUAAAAUAAGGUGUGAGUUUGUUUAACCCUGCAUGCAUGAUAUAUGUUUUAAGAGUUAUUACAUUGUUGAAGAUUAUAUAUUAUUGAU